GGCUGAACUUGACCCCUCCAGCCCGCUCCGCCCACGGCGCACUGGGCAUGCCCCAGGGGCUGCUAUAAAAGGUGGCACCGCCCCAGCUCGGUGCUGUGCCGCCGCUGCUGUCACCCAGCCACCCGCUGCCUGCCCGCCCGCCGAGCCCUGCUGCCCACCGAGCCGCUGCACCCGCAGGUACCCCAGCUCCGGCCCCCAGCACGGGUGAGCCAGGAAGGGGGGCUGCUGGGGCAGGGGCUGUGGGGACAGGGACCCCGAGCAUCCGGCCCCAGAAGGGUCCUCAGCCCUGCCCUCAGCACAGAGGGACGGGGUGCCCCCACUCGAGGGGCUCAGCUGGGUCGGGACCCCUGUGCUGCCCUGUGUAGCCCUGGAUCUGUGAGCUCAGGGGUGCAGAACCCUUGGGGUGCAGGACCUUGGGGUCCUGGCACAGAAAUCUCUGCCUCCUUAGGGUGGGGGUAGGGCAGCCUUGGAACCCUCCUGGCUGGGACAGGACAGAGGCAUGGUGGCAGCCACCUGUCUACCCCCAAACUCUUUGGGACUGGGUGGUGGGGUAAGGACUCAGAUGCCCUGACCCCCUCCUUUGUCUCUCUGUCCCUCUGUCUCUGCCAUCAGUCUCUCAGCCUCUCCACCUGCGAGAUGGUGAGUCCCCUCUGGUCCCUCCCCCCAAGACCCAAGACCAUGGACAGAGGGAGGGCCCAGAGGGCAGCGGUUGACACCCAGAGCCUAACCCUGCGGCUGCCCUGUCAUUCCUCGCUCUGCCUCCCAUAGGAGCAGCAGCCUUCAUUUCUCUCCACUAGCCCUGGGAGGUGGGCACCGUUAGUCUCCCUGCAUACCCAUUCAUCCAGCAACACGUCCUGAGCACCUACUGUGCACCCAGCAGCAUUCUAGGUUUGGGGGCACAGCAGGGAGCCCACUUUCUGAGCAGGGUGGAGGCUCAGAGGUUUGCUCUGGCAAGCUGAGAUUCAAGCCUAGGCCUGAGGUCCAGACCUCUGUCCUCCCAGCCACAGCAACCAAGGUGAUCUUGGUCCAAGCCACAGCACCCCACGAUUGGACAGGGCAGGCGCCAGGUACCCACCUCUCAACAUGCCCAAGGUGGCAACGUGCCCGGCUGCCAGGCCUCCUGUUCCAGGCUGGGGGACAGCAAGGAAUACGUGUCCCCACCUGUGUUCGCACUAAGCCUCCAGCAGUCCUGUGAGGUUGUCAGCCAGGGAACAGCCACCCCAUAUCUCAGAGAGGGGCAAGGGGCUAAGACCUCACUGACAUAAAGUGUUCCCUUGACUUGAACCAUCUUAAAACAGGGGCACCCGCCUUUGUCCUCCCCAUGCCUUGCACCAGGCUGGGUGUGCAGUGGGGCUUCCGGGGAUACUUGGUCCCACAGAACUCCAUGAUGCCAGAUGGGCCACUGAGGCCCCAAGAACAGUGAGCGGCCCAGGGUCAUUAAAUUGGUGUAUGUUUAUUUAGUUUUCACUCAACAAACAUUUCUGGAAUAGCUCCUGUGUGCCAGGCACGGUUUGAGGUGCUGAGGCUGCCUCAGUGAACAAAACAGACAAAAAGCUCCACCUGUGAGCCAAGCCAGGGCAGCGCCUGUGUGUGGGGAGGGACCCAGUGGUCCACACAGCAGGACACGGCUGUCCUCCCCUGACCCAGGGCACUGCAGGCAACAGUUUACAAAGCACUCCCACACGCUUGACCUAGUGACAAGCCUCCACUCCCCCAAUCUACUCCAUCCUCUCCUGGCCCACUGGGCAGUGUCCGUCCCCAAUAUAACUCGAGGUUGAGGGGCAGGGGGAGGAUCUGGGCUCUGGGGUGACUUGAUGUGCCCCCUGGCCCUGCCCACCCAAGGCCCACUCGUUCUGCCCCCUCAGCUCUCCCUGGAUCCGCUGUGUCCCGGUUGGGACAGCCCCCUGGGCUCCAAGGACCUGGAGGACGAGGAAGGCCCGUGGAGAGGGGCCUCUGGUCUGCCGCCCACAGGCUGCCUCCCUGGUCCCUGGUGCCAGGACGUGGGCCUGGACUGUAAGGGCUCCCCUGAGGGGGCCGAGGCCCAGGCCUGGACGGCCUACUACUACAGCCUCCUACAGACCUGCCUGCAGCACGCUGGCUUCCCCGAGACCCAGGACCGCAGCCAGGUGCCCCGCACAGGCUGCCCAGGGGCAGAGGUGACCCUGUGCGUUCUGGGAUCCCCCAGCACCUUCCUGUCUGUGCUGCUGGGCGGUGGGGUCCAGAGCCCGGGUGAGUGUGUGCCCGAGCUCCCCCACCCCCUCCUACAGAAAGGGCAGCCCUGCCCUGGCCCGGCCGCAUCCCAAAAUACCCUCCGACCCUGGCAACGGCCUGCAUUCCAGCAGACAGCUGCCCGGCUCUGGGUGGGGGUGGGUUCUGAGAGCAGCUGCCCCCCAACUCCUCGGGCCUGGGCUGGAGGUGGAGGACGUGGGGGCAUUAGGCCUCUCCUGGCCAGCUGCCUGCCCCCUCUGCCCACAGGAAACAUGCUCCUUUGCCUGUCCCCUGCUUGGCUGACGAAGGUGCCAGUGCCCGGGCAGCCGGGAGAGGCGGCCCUGCUGGUCUCCAAAGCUGUGAGCUUCCACCAGGGGGGCCUGACAUUCCUGGACGACUUUGUGCCCCCACGCCGGGUCACCUACUUUCUGGCAGACCUGGGGCCAGGGCCUGGCCGGAGUCGAGAGGCAGCAGAGCUGGCCCGUGACCUGGCCUGCCCCACAGGCACUUCGGCCGAGAUGGCCCGGCUGCUGGAGGACCGGCUGCUGACCAGGGGGUUGCUGAGCCGGCAGGGGGGUGUGGCUGUGCCAGCUACCCUGGCCUUCACCUACAAGCCACUGGGGUUGCUGUGGGGUGGGGAGGCCAGCCCAGGACUGCGGCUGGUAGAGCUGAGCGGCAAAGAGGGCCAGGAGGUCCUAGUGAAGGAGGAAGUGGAGGCCUUUCUGCACUCGGAGGCCCUGGGGGACACCCUGCAGGUGGCCGUGAAGCUCAGUGGCUGGCGCUGGCGGGGGCAGCAGGCAUUGCGUCUGCACCCAAGGGUGGAGCUGGGUGCAGUAGUGAACACGGUGCUGGCGUUACUGGAGAAGCUGGAGGAGGAGGAGAGUGUCCUGGUGGAGGCUGUGUGCCCACCUGUCCGGCUGCCCAGCCCAGGCAGCACCCUGCCAGGCCCUGAGCUGGCUGUUCGCAUCUGUGCUGUGGUAUGUCGCACACAGGGGGACAGGCCCCUGCUGAGCAAGGUGGUGUGCGCCGUGGGUCGUGGAGACCGGCCGCUGCGGCACCACAGCUCCCUGCCGCGGACGCUGGAGGUGGCGCUGGCCCAGUGCGGCCUGGGCGAGGCGGCACAGGUGGAGGCCGUGCAGCAGAGCGUCAAGGCGGCGGCCGAGGCCGCGCUGGCCGCCGUGCUGGCCCUGGAGGCCGGCCUGAGCGCCGAGCAGCGCGGAGGGCGCCAGGUCCGCACCGACGUGCUGGGCGUGGACUUCGCGCUAACCGUGACCGGCCGCGCGCUGACCCCCGUGGCCCUGGAGCUGAACGGCGCCCUGUGUCUGGAGGCGUGCGGCGCGCUCGAGGGGCUGUGGGCCGCGCCGCGCAUGGGGCCUGCGGCCGAGGCGACGGCGGCGGCGCCGCUCGUGGAAACCAUGCUCCGGCGCUCGGCGCGCUGCCUCAUGGAGGGAAAGCAGCUGCUGCUGGUCGGCGCCGGCGGCGUCAGCAAGAAAUUCGUGUGGGAUGCUGCGCGCGACUACGGGCUCAAGCUGCACCUGGUGGAGUCAGAUCCCAACCACUUCGCCUCCCAGUUGGUGCAUACCUUCAUCCACUUCGAUAUGACGGAACACCGCAGGGAUGAGGAGAAUGCACGGCUGCUAGCAGAGCUGGUGCGGGCGCGCGGCCUGCAACUUGACGGCUGCUUCUCCUACUGGGACGACUGCCUGGUGCUCACGGCCCUGCUCUGCCAGGAGCUGGGGUUGCCCUGCAGCCCGCCGGCCGCCAUGCGCCUGGCCAAACAGAAGAGCCGCACCCAGCUGCACCUGUUGUGCCGCCGAGGCCCACCCUGGCCAGCGCCCUCUCUGCAUGCAGUGCCCUGCUGCCCACUGGAGAGUGAGGCAGACGUGGAGCGAGCUGUUCGCCAGGUACCUCUGCCCGGCGUCAUGAAGCUGGAGUUUGGGGCAGGCGCGGUGGGCGUGCGGCUGGUGGAGGAUGCGUCGCAGUGCCGUGAGCACUUUUCCCGGAUCGCCCGCGACCUGCAGGGCGAAGCUGACCACCCAGGCAUCGGGCUGGGCUGGGGCAACGCCAUGCUGCUAAUGGAGUUCGUGGAGGGCACGGAGCACGAUGUAGACCUGGUGCUAUUUCGUGGGCAGCUCUUGGCAGCUUUCGUCUCCGACAAUGGCCCCACGCGGCUGCCCGGCUUUACCGAGACCGCAGCCUGUAUGCCCACUGGGCUGGUCCCCGAGCAGGAGGCGCAGCUGGUGCAGGCAGCUUUCCGCUGCUGCCUGGGCUGUGGGCUGCUGGAUGGGGUCUUCAAUGUCGAGCUCAAGCUGACUGGGGCUGGGCCGCGGCUCAUCGAGAUCAACCCCCGCAUGGGCGGCUUCUACCUGCGGGACUGGAUCCUGGAGCUCUAUGGCGUGGACCUGCUGCUGGCUGCCGCCAUGGUGGCCUGUGGCCUCCGGCCUGCCCUGCCUGCUCACCCGCGCGCCCGAGGCCAUCUGGUGGGAGUCAUGUGCCUGGUAUCCCAGCACCUGCAGGCGCUGAGCUCCACCGCCAGCCGCGAGGCCCUGCAGGCGCUGCACGACCGGGGUGUGCUGCGCUUCAACAUGCUGGAGGAGUCCCUGAUGUCCGGCGAGUACGAGGAGCCCUACUGCAGUGUGGCCUGUGCUGGGCCCCGCCCCGCUGAGGCCCGCAUCCGCCUGCUGGGCCUCUGCCAGGGCCUGGGCAUCGAUGGACCCCAUUACCCCAUCGCCCAUUUCCUGUCCCACUUCAAAUAGCGCUGGGGUAAGGGGGCAGGGGGCAGAGUGCCUAGGGGGAGGGGGCUGUGGUGCUCUCUGCUCCUGAGGUUCUCCCUGCCUAUCUCCCCAUUGCCCUGCCCCACCCGGCCUGGUCCACUGCAAGGCCUCAGGUCAGUGCCAGGUCAGCAGAGCCAUUUCAACACCAAGAUUUCAUCUGCCUCAGAAGAAAGGAUCUGGGGUGGGGACACCGCAGGGCCCUCUUGCCCUCCCAAAGUCUCCAGCCCAGCCCACAGUGGCCCCAGAACUCAGGCCUGGGAGAAGUAACAACAGCUGUACCCCCUAACCCCUGGGAAGUGGGAGUGGGCCCCAACCCAGACCCUCCCCUAACCCCUCCAGGUCUCUCUCUCUUCCUGCCACCUACCUGACUGGGUCCCUGGCCUUAGACAAAUCCCAAGAAAGCCCUCGACUAAACCUCCUGCCCUUUUACCCUGACUCCCUCAUUUAACAAGUUCCAGGAUAGCUCUAGAACCCGCUGCCAAUGCCCUUUGGCAGUGCCCCGCCUGGCUCAUUUGGCCUGAGCAAUAGAAGGCGGUGGCCUGGGGUCAGCAGUCACACCUCUAUGCAGACACUGUUGUCCCCAUUUAACAGAUGAGGAAACAGGCUCAGAGAGGAGAAAUGACUGCCCCAAGGUCACACCACAGUGGGUGGAGGGCCGAGGGGUACAGUGCAAGGUCCAGGAUUCUGCUUUAAUUAAGUCUUACAUGCCCACUCAGCUUCUAGGCUCCCUUGCCUUUCUCCCCGCCCUGCCCUGAGACACGUGAACACUCCUCCCAUGCACCAUCCCCAUGAAGCUUUGGUGCUUUGGCCUCUGGCACACCUAACUAGCAUUGAAGAAGCAGCAGCUGGCAGCAGAGUCUACACACCCUUCCAGAUUCAGGGAGGCUGCUGUGAGAACUCCCGUCUCCGUGCAGCACAGGAGCUGUGGACAGCUCCAUGGGCAUUCUCCACGCACCCCCCACCCCCAAUAAAGCUUAUAGACUAGUGAUGUGUCUCGAGUCUGGGGUAGGUUCUCUUGACUGGGACAAUGCCUCCAGGCUCAGCUAGAUGGUGGAGGUGCUGAGAUGCGGGCAGCGUGCGCUUAUAGCAUCUGGAGCCAAGAACAAACCACUCCGCCAGCCAACCCUCUGGGCUGAUCUUCAGCUGGGGCUGCCCUACACCUGU